AUGACCAACUGUCUACCAAAAGACGUUUCAAAACCAGAUGCGAUCGUCAAAGAAACCGACGAUGGCAGCAGAGAUAUCGAACGCGCUGCCACGACAGAUACAACAGCCCAUGGCAGCACUCACCUCAUCGCCCCGGCCGUUGAUGCGGGCUACCAUCGUUCCUUGACGCGGCGACAGAUCAUGAUGAUGACCUUUGGAGCGGGCAUUGGAACGGGUCUCUGGGUUGGAACUGGAGAGGCACUGAGAUACGCCGGUCCUGCUGGUGUUGCCGUCACAUACACAAUCACAGCAAUGAUUGUCUAUGCUCAAUACUCAUCGAUCGGCGAAAUGACGGUAUACAAACCGAUCCAUGGUGGCUUCAUCCGCCAAUGUGCCGAAUACGUCGAUCCAGCAUUUGGCUUUGCGAUUGGCGUCAAUUUCUGGUUUGCUUGGGUUAUGAUCAUUCCUGCCGAGAUCACAGCAGCAGUGUCCGUCCUCAAGUUCUGGCCAGAGACAAAUGCCGUCCCCCUUGCAGCGUAUAUCACGAUCUUCCUGGCAGUGAUUGUCUUUGCAAAUGUCUUUCAUGUCCGUGUUUACGGUAUGAUCGAAUAUUGGAUGUCAUUCAUCAAGUGCCUCGCCGUCGUUCUCAUGAUCUUCUUCAUGUUCAUCAUGACGUCUGGAGGCAUUGCAGCCACGGGAGGACCGAUUGAAUUCCGUUAUUGGAAAUCCCCUGGCGCGAUUAACAAUGGCAUCAAAGGAAUCGCCAAAGCAUUCGUCCAGGCGGCCUUCAGCUUCGGUGGUGGCGAGCAUAUUGCCGUCAUCGCAGGCGAAGUUGCCGAACCCCGUCGAACACUCAAGAAGACCGUCCGCCCUGUUUUCUGGCGCAUGUUCACCUUUUUCGUCGUCAAUGUCUGGCUGGUGGGCAUGUGUGUACCGUCCGAUGACGACGAUCUUGUCAAUGCAAGUGGAACAAUGGGAAGUCCCUUCGUGAUCGCUAUUAAGCGGGCAAAUGUCGGUGGUCUGGCCGAUGUCAUCAACGGUUUCAUUUUCCUGAGCGUCAUCAGCUGUGGCAUCACCAGUGCGUAUGUGGCCAGUCGCAGUCUGACUGCUUUGGCAGAUAUGAAUUUAAUACAUCCUUUCUUCGGGAGAAAGGACUCUUAUGGCCGGCCAUACGUGGCGUUGACCAUCAGCCUUGGGAUUGGAGGUGGUUUAUGCUAUCUCAAUACCAAUGGGACUGGAACUGUUGUUUAUGGAUGGUUCUCUUCACUGGUUGCUAUUGCCACUCUGUUCCAAUGGGGAUCUAUCUAUAUCGCCCAUCUCAGGUUCCGCAAUGGUCUUCGAGCGCAGGGAGUUGAUCUCCGCACGCUGCCAUUCAAAGGAUUGCUCACCCCGUGGGCACAGUAUCUCUCCUUACUAAUUGUACUGUUUGUCUUUGGCUGCGAAUUCUAUCUUUCCUGCUGGCCAUUUGGGGAAAAGGGAUCAGUCAAGAGCUUCUUCUCGUCCUAUCUCGCAGCGCCGUUGUUCUUCUUCGACUACUUUGUAUACAAGUUCUAUUUCAAAACAAAGAUAGUAAAACCGAUGGACAUGGGCUUUGAUCAGGCUCUGGCAUUUGACGAACAGGAUCGAUUCGAUGCCAUGACAAAAGAGCAGCGGAAAGAACGAGAACAGAGCGAGAGGCGAACAUGGGUACAGCGUGCACAAUACAUGGUGUUUGGCUAG